CUCUCUCCGUGACUAAAAUCAACGACUUAACCCAGUCAAGCAGAGAGGGUAGAGACACGGAGUGCGAGACUCGAUUCAGCUGCGUGAAAAAUGGCAUGGUUGUGCGCCCGUACCGUGCUCCAAACAUGUCGACGACCGAUUUCCUACAGUCUCGUGUGUGCCCAGAAAGAUUUUGCCGAACCGUUGGAUCAUGCUACUGGUUUGGAGAAAAGGGAGAUGCUCGCCCGUUUAGCCGGCAAUGAAGAUCCCUACAACUUGACUAUAAAGCGAAGAGCACACAGCACGAAGGAGAGUCCCAACUUAGUAUACAGCUCAUUUGAAAGCCGUAUAAUGGGUUGCAUUUGCGAUGAGGAUGCGAUGCAUGUUAACUGGAUGUGGCUGCAUCAGGGUCCUCCGCGCCGCUGCGAGUGCGGCCACUGGUUUAAACUGGUCGAAAAGGCGCCUGUAUAAUAUACUUAAGGAUGAGAUAGUGUAUUGUUUUCAACAUAGAAUUAACGUUACAAAUUAUAGAUCGUAAUUACGAUUUUCAUUUAUCACCGUACUCUCCUUGUAUCCUAUCCAAUAAAUAAAUGGAUUGUCCGUCAUACGGAAGUCGCAGGAAUAAAUAUAAUUAAAGAUGUUUCGUCGCUAAGCAUAUUGUAAAUAAUGCGCACUAUUCUGUAAGAUAUUAAGUUUUUAAUUCUAUCGAAUGAUGAAGUUCA